AUGGAAACAAACGAUCUACCUACGGAUGGCGAUGGUGCUCAACCUCGUUCACCACAAUCGCCGCCAACAGUUCUAAAAAAUGAAAAUCCAGCCUUUGUUUCCGAUGCAUUGAGCAAUAUUAUGGUUUUUUUCGAGAACUAUGGUUGGUUGGUUUUGUUCUUUGGUAUCAUUGUUGCUUUCCGGAGCAAGCUACAGCCAUUGUGGAUAGAAUGGAAAAACAAACAAGACAGAAGGAAAAUACAAGAAAUUGAUCCUCAACGCCUAGCUCGAACUCAGGAAAACAUGGUGUUGUCAAGAAGGCGAAUGCAGGAGGAAGUGAAUGCGAAAGCUGCCCAACGUGCUGAGAAAAUGAAAGAAAUGGACGCACAGAAACGUAAAGAAAAAAUUGAUGAUUGGGAGAACACUCAACAAGGACGUAGCAGAUCAACACGUACACGUCAGACCAGAAACGAUUACAAUCCAUUGAGUGGUAGCAGUUCUGGUUCGUCAUAUAGACCUCCAAAGCGAGGGAAUGCAGGUGGUGGCGGAUGAGGUUAGACAAACGGUGCGUAAAAUCUGAGAUAUUUUCCUCCAACUUUGCAAAAAGAUCGUUGAAGUAAUAUCCAGUUAUACGUGCCGACAGAAAUCACCGAUAAAAUUUUGCAGUUAUUGAAGGUUCAUGCGUUAUGUUUUGCCCUCUGUCAGUUUCUGAACUGACCUUUAUAAAAUUGCUCCUUUAAAGCUACUAGGGUUAGACAACUCCCGUCUCACCCCCUCACUCCAAACGCAUACACGUCCUUAUAUUGUGUGCCCCUGUUAGUUAUGUACGAAUUUUUAUCCAUACCGCAAACGUAUACUCAGAAUUACUCAAUACAUAAUAGCCUUAGUAUUCACGUAUGUAAUGCCUUCAAAAAUUGCCACAGAGGCUAGUAAAACAUACAUUUUGUUUACUCGGAUGACAUUGUUUCUUGAAACGCAAUAACUGUGGAAGAAAUAAUUGAUAGACAGCUCUGUGAAUUUAGUAUUAUAGUUUAAUAUGUAAUAAACCGUUUCUCAAUCUAA